AUGAAUAAUUUUUGCUUAGCAAACAUUCAUAUUUCUGGAUUUAAAAAUACUCUCAUUUAUGAUGGCGAGUUUCCAUUAACCGUGAGUGGAUUUAAGAGUUGGGUUUUAAGAAAACAGUUUCCGCAGUUUCAGAAUUCUCUGGUAGAUGAAUUUUAUGUCUUAUCCCAAACGUGUAUCAAACAUGAUGAUGACUUCAUUAGUGGAGGCCAGACUUACCAUUUGUUGCCCAGGCUCAUUGGUGGAAAAGGAGGAUUUGGGUCAAUGCUUCGGGCAAUUGGGGCCCAAAUUGAGAAGACCACAAACCGGGAAGCUUGCCGUGACCUGAGUGGCCGUCGUAUGAGAGAUAUCAAUAAUGAGAAGCAGCUUAAAGAUUGGAUGGCCAAACAGAAAGAUCGAGAGAAAGAACGUGCCCGGCGGAGAGAAGAAAAAGCUGCAAGGCGUAGAGCGGAACCCCUGCACAAAUUUGAAGACAAACUCUAUGAUCAACAGAAAGAGAAAGUAUCACAAGAUCUUGAUGCUGCUCUUCAGCAAGGCCUUAAACGAGCACAGGCUGCAUCAACAGCAAGCAGUAAUGGUACAGUGACAUCAGCAAAGAAAAGAAAAGUUGAUGCUUCUCUACAGAAGCAAUGGGAUUGGAUUGGAGUGAUGGAAGAUGAUAGCACAAACAGUGAGAUGUCUGACGAUGAUGUCACUGGUGGAGCCCGUGCCUGCCCUGGUUUUCCAACCUCACAAACAACAGAAAGUGGAGCUUCCACUUCAGCUGCACCUGAUCAGGAAUUACAGACAGCAAAUUCUGAUAGCCAAAGUUCACUUGAAUCUUUACCCAGUGCCACCACAACAAGCAGCCAGUCAGUUGCAAGUAGUGAGCCAAUAUCUGGCCACACCAUUGAAGAGAAUGUACAGGAUUUAACUGCAGUUUUUGAAAAAGCUAAUUGUGCAGAAGAUCUUGAAUGCCUGGGUCUUGAAAAGCUGAAAUCUGCUCUCAUGGACAGAGGCCUGAAGUGUGGAGGAACCCUGGCUGAAAGAGCACAGCGGCUGUUUGCUGUACGAGGGCUGUCUUCCGACCAGAUUGACCCAGCCUUUUUUGCAAAACCGACCAAAGGAAAAGGAGCAAAAAAGAAUAAAUAA